ACUCAUUUGGCCAGUCACGGGGCCAAAACCAGUGUUUGGAGCCACAGUGUGGCGGUGGAGGGGCAGCAGCAAUGGGAGGCCAUACAGCAACCUAUGACAAAAUGGAAACCCAGCAGGAGUGUGAGGAGACCUGAAAGUGGCACAUGGCAGAGUGGGGAGCAAUGGAGGCGGUACAAGGACCCAUGUCACACUGUGGACCCAGCAACAGCAAUGAGGAGGCGGCUAUAAAGGGCCCAUCGUGGCAGGAAUUGUAGGGGCCUGGGUAGCAGCUAAUAGGAGUGCCCGUAAUCUGGCAAGCACCCAAUGAGGACAAAAAAUUGAAUCACUCCAGCAGAGAUGGGUGAGGAGACACUGGAAGAACGGGCACAUGGCAUGAGAGACUCUGGACUGCAGCCGCAAGAGGAGGAGGCGGGUAUAUAGGGUGACCA